AUGUCAUCCACUACGGUCACCCCCGACAUUCAACAACCUGUUACCACUGGAAACAGAAAGAUCCCUGAGAAGAGGAUCCCCAUGUUGACCUACAACACUCCAGAGGUAGCGAAGUUGUUUCAAACUUGGAUCGACAUCAUCAAAGAGAUUUCAACAACAAAGAAGUUGACUAAUGAAGAAAUUAUCGAAUUGGUAGAUAACCAUUGCGAAGAAGAACUUCAAGAAGCAUUUCGGACGUACCGAAACCUGAACACGUUUGAGUUAGGGUCUUUCGCCGAAUGGCUCCUUAAAAGCAAUGGAAUAGAGAAACGUUCGCGUUCUCCAUUCUCAAUUAUGAAUGACACGCUUCAGGAUAUUCCUGCAGGUACGUGGCAACACUAUUGUGACCAAUGGAGAAGAAGAAGGAACCAACUCUACGGAAAGGAUCAGACUUUGACAAUCGACGAUUUGUACCAGUAUGCUUUCAUUGAAGCAAUCAGAGAUACUCAGCUCCAAGGCCUUUUGAGGAACCUUGACCCUCGACCAGCGACGGUCAGCGAGUUGGUCGCUCAAGCUGAAAUCUUAGCGAAGCGGUACAAGAUCCCUAUCGAAAGGUUAAACCGCUCUGUGGUCAAACCACACCAGUUGUUCCAAAUCAAAGAAGGAAACAAGGAUGCGUCAACCGCGGAUAGAGGACGUAAGAGAUUCAGGGAGAAACGUUACCCGACGAACAAGGAAAGUAACACCACCCAAUCAAAACCUUUUAAAAGAAAGCAAGGUUACCGCUUCUCUCACUACAAAAGAAGUUCCAAUAAGGAUUAUCUGAACCAAGAUGCUGACAAAGAACAGCCAAAAAAAGACCAAAGCUGGAAGGAAGCUAUGUGA